GGGAAGCAUAGUAGAAUUGUGGGUGGACGGCUGAUAUCGAGUGACUGCAUAGCGACGUCGCGGCGUCCGACUGCAGAGGAUCUGAGUCCGUCGGAAGGAGCUACCGAUGCGGAUCGCGCGUGUUGCCUACCUCAUCCUGACAUUUUCCCAGGCCCGACGCCGAUCCCGUUGCCGGAGGCGCCGCCAUUCCGGCCGGCUGUUCUCUACCGGCAGCGCGAUCGCGGCGAGCUCCGGUGACUCUGGCGGUGGUCGCGCCGCCGUUGCCUGCCCACUCCUAGCCUCCACAUGCUAACCGAAGUGCCUCGUGCACUCGUGUCGUCGUGUCUCCUUCAACCAAAGGUCGGAGUCCGUCUCGGUCCCGCGGUUAAACAAACGGCGAGAAGUACUCAGCGGCCUGUUCGGCCGUUACACCGCGGAGCUGCGCGGAGACGGCGAGAGACGGACGACCCGGCAGAGCACCCAACCGACCCGGCGGCGGCGGCGGCGGGGAGCAAUGGAGUGGGGCGACGCGUGGAUGGCCCCCGACAAGCUGCAGCACUUCAUGGCCUCCCUCCUCAUCUCCCUGCUCGCCGCCGCGCUGGCCGGCCGCAGCGCCCGCCCGGGGAUCCGUCGCCGCUCCGCGGCCGUCGGCUCCGCGGCCUCGCUCGCGGCCGGCGCCGCCAAGGAGGCCGCCGACGAGGCCGGAUUCUUCGGGUCCGCCGGCGCCUCGCCCAAGGACGCCGCCGCCGACCUCCUCGGCGUCGCGGCCGCCGCACUCGUUCUCGCCCUGCUCCGCCGCUGCCGCCGCCGCGAGAGGAAGGCGCGCGAGGACGGCGACGGCGUCUCCAUGGUCUGACGGGCCGCCGGCCGGCUCCGAUCUAUUUGGGUUCGUUUGCUGUAGAUUAGUGGAGUCUACUGAUCUCUAACCUCGAAGGCAAGAUCGAUGAACACAAAGUUUAGUUCAAACAGUUGGAAAAUUUGUUUCUUUUUUGCUUGGUUUUCGCGUACAUUUCCCUGACAGUUUGCUGCAAAAGGAAAACAAUAUCUGAUUUCUGCUUGCA